AUGGUGCAAGAUGGUCUUAGUCAGAUUAGGCACAGUAUCAAAUACGUCCGUGAUGGUGUCUACUACAUCAAUCAAUCGAAGAGUAGACUACAAAUCUUUUCAGAAAUUGUGCAAAAAUUGCAGUUGCCUCACAAAAAGUUGAUAUUGGAUUGUAAAACGAGGUGGAACUCAACUUAUGAGAUGUUGGCAACUGCACUAAAAUUCCAAAGCGUGUUUCCAAGAUACUUUGAAAGAGACCGGCAUUUCACUUCUUGUCCCCUUGAGGAAGAUUGGGAUAAGAUACAGAAAGUUUGUGAAAUUUUGAAGGUUUUCAAUGUUACCACUAGCAUCAUUUUAGGGUUUGAAUAUCCAACAUCAAAUAAAUUUCUUGCCGAGCUUUGUAAGGUGAAGGUUUUGUUGGAUAAACAUGCUGAGGAUGAAAAUGAAUUUUUGAGGACCAUGGUGAUGAAGAUGAAAGGGAAAUUUGAUAAAUAUUGGGGGGAGUGCAAUUUGUUGAUAGCUAUAGCUGUUGUUUUGGACCCUAGGUGCAAAAUGAGAGUGUUGGACUAUGCUUUCCCUAAGAUUUAUGAUGAUCUUGACGCACGGGUUCAUUCUACAAUAGUUUGGGAUGCCUUGUACGAGUUGUACAAGGAAUAUGUGGCCGCUAGUCAAUCAUCUACUAAUCAACAUAUGUCUGCAACUAGACAGGGUAGGGGGAAGGGGAGUGGGAGUGGGAGUGGGAGUGGGAGUAGUAGUGGGACGAAUGUAGAUGAUGACUCUUCUGGUUGGUUGGAUUUAAUGAACUAUGUGGACGUGAUUGAAACUGUUGCCCCGGAAAAAUCAGAGUUAGAUUCCUAUUUUGAAGAGCCAUGUUAUAAGUGUCAAGUGGAUUAUGAGGCGUUUGAUGCCUUAAAGUGGUGGCAAGCAAAUAGUUUGAAAUAUCCAGUGUUAUGCAAGGUGGCUCAUGAUAUACUUGCCAUUCCUAUUAGCACGGUGGCUUCAGAGGCUACCUUUAGUGCGAGAAGUAGAGUUAUUGACAAUUAUCGAUCUCGACUAUCUCUGGACAUAGUGCAAGCACUACUAUGUGGAGGUGAUUGGUGUCGCAGUCAGCUAGGACUAAUGAAGAUGGAUGAAUCGGAUGAGGAACCACUGGAGAUUACCCUUCCUAUCUCUUCAGUUGAAGGGAUUGAGUAG